ACGCGCAAGUCUGUCACUGUCACAGCGUCUCACACAACGAUAGAGUGCUAAAAAAUGGUAGUAAGUGAUUUGUAGUACCGAUUAAUAAUUUUGCGACAUCAUUUUAAAAUUAAUUCGCUGUUAAGUAUUUUUAUCGCGAGUUUGUCAUGUGAAAUCGUAAAUCACUCUUAGAUUUAGUAAAUAACAUUAGAAAAGGAAGUAUUGUAAUGGAGAUAUUACAAUCAUUUAUUUCCUUUUUCUAGUAUAGUGAAAAAAUGUUCGAAUGACGUUAAUCUUCUGUAUGUGUUGACGUUAUGAAAAAAGAGAUAUUUGACAAAGUUGUAUAUAUUUUAUCCCUAUGGCUAAAGGAAAACUAAGGGGUUCAGAUUCAAACAACAAGUUAACAACAUCAAAUGCAACCUUUAAAAAUGGGGAAACAUAUACAUCAGAGUUUGAAAUUAAUGAAAUACCACCUAGUGCCCGCACACUGCUUACGAAGGGUUACAUACAAGAUGAAAUUAAUUCUUACUCAGGUGCUACUGUUUCAACACGUGGACGUUUUAUGACAGAACAAGAGAAGUUACGUUGCCCUAAUGAGCGACCUUUGUAUCUUUAUAUUCAAGGACAUACAAAACAUAAUGUAGAUUCUGCUAUAAAAAAAAUUAACGAUAUUAUUAAAACAGAACAUCAAAGUUCUUUAAAUAGGCCAAGUAGAUUUACUAAUGCGCCACCACCUCUUAUGAGUUUACAUUCCGGAGUUACAUCUGUGGAAAAAAUCUGUGUUGGGAUAGAAAAUGCUCCAGAAGGAUUUGAUUUAAGAGGCAGAAUUAUAGGUGCAGGUGGAGCAAAUCUAUUAUACAUUAGGGGUGAAACAGGUGCAAAUAUAACUUUAAGGGGUAGAGGGUCGCAAUUCAUUGAUCCUGUUUUAGGCACUGAAUCUCCAGAACCACUGCAUUUGUAUAUAGAGCAUCCAAAGCCAGAAGCAUUACAAAAUGCAAAACAGUUAGCAAUUAAUUUAAUCCAGACAAUGCAAUCGGAAUUACAAUCAUAUAUACAGCAGCAACCACCACCAGUACAGUCACAGCAAGUUAUAGAACAGUCGCAAAUGCCACAAACACAAUUUCAAACCAUGAACAUUGGUACUUUGGGACAGCCUAAUGUUGUUACUAUACAACAUCAAGAUAUUAUACAACACCCACAAAGUAGUGUAGUAACAUUGCCAGCAACCAUUCUGACUGCUACAGUGACUGGUGCACCAGGCUCUGGUAUAACAGUUCCUCCACCUGGAGUACACAUUCCACCUCAUUCUGGACCAUUGGUACCACCACCACAAACACAGGAAAUACAAACAUUUAUGCCACCUCCACCAGUUGGACAAGUGCAAUUAAUUGGUCCUCCAUCAACAGUCAGUCAAGUGCAAUAUCAAAUUCAUCCUGGGCAACCACUACAAAUUCAAGGGAUUCAACCUGGAUCACAAUCAUCACCGCAACCUGUAGCCCAAAUGUAUGUUAUGAGUCAACCACCACCACAGAGUCCAGCUCAACAAAACUUCAUUACAAGUAGUAGUGCGCCAGUUAGUGGUGCGGUUUCUUAUGUUUAUACACAACCAAAUGUACAAAGGCCUUCUACACCGCCACAAGGGAUAAUCGAAGCCGUUAACGUGAAUUUACAACAGCCACCUCCAGCAGCUCCAAUUAACAUAACUCAACAACCACCUCCACCGUUAUUACAUCUCCAUUUUCCUCCGCCAAACUUCCCGCCAAAUCAGCCACCACCUCCAGUACCACAAACUUACCAAAUACAAUAUCAGCAGGUGCAAGCAGCUGCAUCACAAUCUCAAACACAGUUUGUGUUACAACCUGGGGAGCAUAUUGUUCCACCACAGUUGCAGCAAAAUCAUGAACAAUCUCAGGCUGUGGCUCAGCAUAUGUUACCACCACAGUUUGAAGGUCAUGCUCCCCAAUUUCAUUUACAAGUACCUCCUCCGUCUACGCAAACAUUUUUGGUCCCUAAUGCUCAAUCGCCCCAACAUCCUCAACAACAUCCUCUUCCUCCUGGAGGUGAGGUUCAACAUCAACAAGAAGGACCAGUGGAUCAAGGGCCACAGCCACAACCGGUACCACCUCCACAAAUUGUACCACCGCCCGCUGCUCAAAUGUCGAACUCUAUGAACGUUCUUACUAGUAUUCCACCGCCGACGCAAGCACCUUCUUCACAAAAUGCUCCAUGGCUAUAUCAAGCACAACAACCGCAACAAAUGAUGCAAUCACAGGGUCAACUACAGGUUCAGAUGCCACCCGCAAAUAUACCUCUACAUAAUGUACCUCCACCGCAAGUUCAAGCACAGAUACAGUAUCAUGCACAGCAUAUGCAAUAUCAGAAUGGUCAUAUACCCCCUCAAGUACAUUAUACAGUUCAACCACCACCUCAACACUUUGAGCAAAAGCCAGAUUCCCCAGAACAAAAGUCUCAUGGUGUAAAAAGAAGAUUUUCAGACGUUGAAACAAAUUCGGAAGCAUCACCUUAUCAGUGUGGUCCUCUACCUGCUCAGCGUCAUGGAACAGGACAAAGUUUGGUAUCAUUAACUAUAACCUGGAGACACCAGGUGCUUUUAACAUUUCAGAAAUAUCCAUGGCUGUGCAUCAGAGAAGGUGAUCGACAGCAACAAGUCUUACAUGGUCCAUCACAAGCAGCUGCAGGCCUUCCUCAUGGAGAUCGAAACAAGCUGCUAAUGCCACCUCCACAUCCAGGUGAGAAACGCAGCUUGGAUCAAAAAACUGCAGGCAUAAAUACAGGAAAUGAGCAAAAUCUGAUCGGAGAUUCGAUAAACAUGCAUCCUGGAGGUGGACCACCUCUGCCUCCUUCACUUCCACCACAGGCACCAUGGCAAACACAUCAUGUUAGAGUUCCAUGGGGCAGACCACCACCAAUGCCAAGGGAUGGAGAGCAUCAAGGAGUGUGUCCUACAUUACCUCCAACAAAUAUGCCACCACCACAAAUUAGACCCAGAGGACACAUUGAAGGUAAUCGUUCGCCUAUACAAAAUGCGAUAUUGGAGCAUCCGUUGAAUGUUGAGUAUAAUCAAAUGCCACCGUAUACGACAAAACCUCCUCCUUACAAUUCACACCCAUUGAUGCAAUCCAUUUGCAAUCCACCGCCACCACCACCGCUACAUCAUCAGCAGCGACCGCAGCAUCCUCAAAAUGUGCAGCAUUAUCAGGUGCCAAUUUCACAGACAUAUCAACCACCGACUUCCUGUCCACCGUGGAUGAAUUGAAAUAUGAUACAAUACGAAUGGAGUUCUUACGUUAGUACCUUAAAAGAUGGUUGAUGCAGUCCGUCCGAUUUCACAUCGUUCUAUCAAUAAAUUUAUACGAAUGUCAUUGAUUCUAAAGAGCAUAAUGAACGUAAAUGGAUGGUAUUGCAUUAUCUUAUCUUUAUCGAAUUGUUCCUUGCGAUAGUAACUAUUUCAUUGCUAAUAUGUCGUUGCAAAGAUGCUGUUCUGUAAAAAAUGUGUAUAUUUUACAAAUUAUUUAUAGCGAAUGUCUUAAAGGUUUAGGUAGCGAAUGAUAGUAUAAACGAAUUUAUAAAUGCAGCGUUACGAACGAACAAUGCGCGUGAUCAGUGAGAUAAGGAAUUUGAUCAAUGAUGCGUAAUUAUGUAACGCAGAGAUCGCGAUUGUGAAUCGCGAUUUGCAAGAAAGAGUAUAUAUGUAAUGGAAGUGUUGCGGGUGCAUACAAGGAGAAACGAUUCUGAUUAGUUCCAAGAAAUGCUUUAGUAUUCACGCACAUACAUAAUCACACGAGGACUUAGAAGUAUAAUUUUUUGUAUUCGUAGAACGUAAUUAAUCCAGUCUCAAAUUUAUCGUAUAGGUGUCUAUUUUUUCUUUUGUUGUUGGCAUACUUUAUACAUACCGUACAUCUAUGUAAGAUAGUAUAACCCCAUGGUGUAUACGAAUUUCUAUACAAACGUGAAUAAAUCGUUGCCUGUAAUCUUACACGAGGCGUUGAUAUUAAAAUCGCGGAUGUCUCGUUCAUGCGAAAGUUUGCCGUAAUUUUCAUACGGAUUUGUAAAAGCAAAAUGUAAAUUCAUUAAUUGUUGUUAUAGUACAAUAUUUUUGAUUUAACGAUGAAUUAAAUAGGUUCAGUAUCAAUGACCAUCAUUCGUGUUUUUAUGAAAAUCUUCUUGAUGCUAUGAUAUUUUAUUGUUAUAUGUUUAAAGCAUCAAGCUGGAAUCUAUUGAAUUUUGAUCGAUGUAUAAAAUAUUUUGCUUUCGUUUAAGUCACUAUAUUUUUAUGAUUUAAUUAUAAAUAUAUACCUUCCGGUAGAAAGUGACUUUUUCAAUAAAUUAAUUUGAUAGCAA